AUGUCACCACCGUCACCAGCCGGCCUGACGGCCACAGCCUCCUCCGAAAAGAUCACCCUCACCGGCGCGCAAGAGACCCUCCUCGCGACGCUCUACGGCCGGGCCCUAGACGCGACGGCCAAGCCCAAGCCCGUGCUCGGCGACCGGUGGGCCGCCGACACGGUCCGCCGCAUCAAUUACGACUUUGCCGGCCGGACUGGCAUCGGCGCGGCCGAGGCCGCCAGCGUGGCGCUGCGUGCACGCGCCCUCGACCGCUGGACCGCCGACUUCCUUGCGCGGCACCGCGCCGUCACCGUGGUGCAUCUCGCGUGCGGGCUCGACGCGCGCUGCCUACGCGUCGGGCAGGCCGCUGCCGCUGCCGCCGGGCACGACGUUAGAUGGAUAGACGUUGACCUGGAGGAUGUGGUGGAGCUGCGGAGGAAGCUUUUCGCGGGGGUCAUCGAAGAGGGCGGAGACGGCCAGGGCGGCGGCUUGGACUAUGCGCUCGUGGCGGGGUCGGCGGCGGAGCCGGACGCGUGGCUCGGCCGGAUCCCUGCCGACCGGCCGACGCUGGUUGUGUUCGAGGGGCUCACCAUGUAUCUGCGCGAGGGGGAGGGCCGGCGGCUGUUCGAGAGCAUCGUGCGGCGCUUUCGGCCGGUAGGCGGGGAGAUCGCGUGCGACGCGUUCGGCACCGUCGCGAUCAGGCUGCAGGGGCUCAUCAAGGCUGUCAAGGACUCGGGCUCGGUGCUGCACUGGGCCAUUGAUGACCCCAAGCUGCUUGAGACGUGGUGCGACGGGUUGAGGUUGGUUGAAGACCAGCUGACUAUCGAGAUGCCCGGCAUCGAGGAGCUCCCGCUGGUCUCCCGGAUGCAGGCAUGGGCUGUGGCUUGGAUACCGUACCUGAGGGAGGCCGGACGGCUGCUCCGGUACGAAUUUUGA